AUGUCAUUACCAGACUCAAAUUCAUCAUCAAGGAACGCAAACAGUUUUAAUUAUGAUAAUAGUGUUAUCAUUAGCAGUAAUAGUGGAAAAAAAGACAAUCGAUUCAUUCGUGGUCUUAAAGAAAAUCCAUUGGUUGUUGUUGGUCUUACCGUGACAAUUGGUGCUUUGGUUGCUAGUGCUGCAGCAUUUCAACGUGGCGAUUCAGCUAAAAUGCAAAAAAUGAUGAGACUUCGUGUCGGUGCUCAAGGUUUCACUGUAGUUGCAAUUUUGGUGCCGACUCUUUAUUAUAGUUUUUAUGGCGGCAGUGUUCGUAGCAAUGGCGGUGAUGCAAGUAGUAAUGGUGGUAGUGAAUGA